AUGGACUCAGUCUUUGUGAGUUCAGUUGGAGUGACUCAGUUAGUGAACGCCUGCCGCUCCCCUGGUAAAGGAGGCGGGGCAUUUAAGGUGGAACCUGUUUGUCUACUUCAAGUCAAGUAUUUGGUCCUUGUCAUCAGUCUCAAACUUCAGAGUAAACAGCAUGGAGUGGAUUCUCUGAUCAAACCCUCUAAUGACUUCCACACCAGCAGAGACCUGAAACCACCAACUGCCUGUGGAAUGGACGAGCCGUCACAUCGCAGGGGGAGGAGCCUGUCGGAGGCCUUGACCCUGGAGCAGUCAGCAGAGGGAGGACUCGUCAUAUCCAGCAUCGAUGACAUCACAGCUAAUCAGGAACUGAAGGAAGGGGAUGAAAUUUUGGGGGCAGCAAUUAAUUUUGAUCAGCUUUCGAAAGAUGAGGUGUUAAACGUCCUGAAGCUGAUGGAGCCGUUUAAUGAUCGGAUCCAGGUCCUCACCAAAAACAACCUGGGCAAGAGCCUUGGAAAUUUGGACCAGUUGGGCAAGACUCCAGAGAUGAUGCUGAAAGAUUCCUACAAUAAACUCUACAAUACUAAAAUCAAGAAGUUUAUGAAGGAUGGCUCACUUGAUGCUGAGGACUGUUUGAAUGGGGAGGUUACAGGCAGUGCAAGUUCAGCCAAGGUCAACCUAAAACCAGACGCAGAGUUGCCUCGACUUGGCGUUGACUUUGGACUUCUGAAAACCAGAAGCACUGACAUAAAUGCAGAUUCAGCAGCAUCCCUAGAAGCAGCAGCUGGAGAACUAGCAAAUGGCAGCAAUCUGAACCUUCCACCAAUGGGUCUUGGCCUGGGUGGAACAGAUCAAAGUGGAAUUCACAUUCCUGGACUCAGUGUUAAUGCUACAAGUCCGCAGCUGAAUGCACCAGAUGUAAAUAUUUCUGGGGCUUUACCAGAAGGUGCAGACUUUAGGACCAGAGGUGGUGUACAACUGCCAAGAGGGGACAGUCCAUCACAGCCAAAUCUUGAAGGACCUCAAAUUGGAGUGAAAAGCAAUGGAGAUUUGAAAACACCAGAAAUAGGACUGGACUUAGAAGGUUCAGAUGUUACCACUCCUGACAUGGGGAUAAACCUCAAUGGGAGCAAAUCUGCUCAACCAUCCUUUGACAUUGAUGCUCCCAAAGUGGAUAUUCAAGGUGUGAACAAACUGCCAAAUUUCAAAAUACCAGACUUGGGCCUCUCUGGACCAUCUUUGACUGGUCCAGAGCUUGAAGUCAGUACACCAGAUGUAGAUGCUCCAGAUCUUCCCUCUGGUAAAACAAGUCUCAAGUAUUCUAAGAAACUGAAAAAACCAGCACUAAACUUAGAUGAUCCUUCUAGUUAUGUGAAUCUUGAAUCACCUGAUUUAGACCUACAAAUGCCAGGUGUUGAUGUAAAAGCCCCGGGUAUCAACAUGCCUUCAGACAAAGUCAAAGUUCCACUUAAGAAAUCUCGAAUCAGUCUUAAAGCUCCAGAUUUAGAUGUGGAUACCCCAGCUGGUAAACUUGCCAUGCCCAAAAUUAGUCUCUCUGGUAAAACUGAUCCUGAUUUAAAAACACCUGACUUGACAGUCAAAAUACCAAAACUAAAAGGUAAAAUUCAUGAACCAGAUGUAAAUCUACCAAAAGCUAACCUAAAAGGGCCCAGUUUAGCCACUGAUGCUCCACCACUUGACAUUAAAGGUCCAUCUGGACAAUACAAGGCCCCUAAGUUCAAAAUGCCCAAGUUUGAUUUGCCAGACAUCGAAGUUCCGGAUAUGAAUGGAGGUAUAGAAGGACCUGAUGCUGGCUUGAAUUUAUCAGCUCCCAAGCUGAAAGGAGCUGUUAAUUUGCCUGAGGUUGAUCUCAAAAACCCAAACCUAACACUUAAAAGUCCACAUACUGGUAUUAAUUUCCCUUCUGGAAAUGUGGAGAUUGAUUCUGCUCCCUCUGGUAAGCUUAAAAAGCCAAAAUUUAAGCUCUUUGGCACAUUACCAAAGAAAAAAGAUGUGGAUAUCAAUGCAGGACUAAAAACACCAGAACUGAAAUUGAAAUCCCCAAGGAUAAAAGGUACAGAUGCUCCUGAUGUGAGAGUGCCAAAUGUGGAUCUCCAGUCUCCAGAUUUAAACAUUGAUUCUCCCAAAGGAAGAUUCACAAUGCCAAAACUGAAAAUUCCCAGUUUUGAUGAUGCCCUUAAGAAACCAGAUGAGGACUUGAAUGCUCCUGGCAUGCAUAUUGAUGCACCCUCAGGAACACUGCCAAAGGGACCGAAUUUAGACACAGAGUUUACAUCACCAGAUCUUAGUCUUGACAGUCCACAUUUAAAGAAUGGAACCCUUGAUUUGGAUUUACCAAGUCUUAAAGGUCCUAAGUUAGACGUGAACUCACCAGAAGUCAACAUUGGUUCACCUAAAACCAAAAUGAGAAUGCCCAAAUUUAAAAUGCCUACAUUGGACCUCCCAGGCCUAAAAGGAACUGAAAUAGAUGGAAACUUAGAAGGUCCAGAUGUGGAUGUGAAUCUACCCAAUAUUAAAGGUCCUAAAGCAGGUUUUGAAAUGCCAGAUUUGGGGAUUUCUGGACCAAAAUUAAAAGGCCCUAACUUGGACCUCAAAUCGCCAGACUUUGAUAUUUCUGGUCCAAAUGUCGGUGGUGGAAUUAAAACACCAAACCUUAAGAUGCCUAACAUUGACAUAAAAAGUCCCAAACUGGAUGUCAAUUCUCCAGAUUUCAAUGUAGACAUGCCUUCAGGUAAACUUAAGAUGCCAGAGCUUCAGACUCCAGACUGGGAUGUUAAAGCUCCCUCAGGAAAAGUGAAAAUGCCUAAAUUUAAUCUAUCAGGUACACUGCCAAAAGGACCCAACAUGGAUGUAAAUGCAGAUCUGAAAUCACCAGAUUUCAAUCUGAAGACUCCAAAGGUGAAAGGUGGAAUAGACACCCCUCACUUAGACUUACCAAAUAUGGACAUUAAAGCUCCAAAAUUAGACGUGGACACUCCAGAUAUCAGUAUUGAUUCACCUAAAGCCAAAAUGAGAAUGCCCAAACUGAAAAUGCCUACAUUUGACCUCCCAAGCCUAAAAGGACCUAAAAUAGAUGGAAACAUAGAUGUUCCAGACAUGGAUGUGAAUCUACCCAAUAUUAAAGGUCCUAAAGCAAGUUUUGAAAUGCCAGAUUUGGGGCUUUCUGGACCAAAGUUGGAAGGUCCUAACUUGGACCUCAAAUCACCAGACUUUGAUAUUUCUGGUCCUAAUGUUGGUGGUGGAAUUAAAACACCAAACCUUAAGAUGCCUAACAUUGACAUAAAAAGUCCCAAACUGGAUGUCAGUUCUCCAGAUUUCAAUGUAGACAUGCCUUCAGGUAAACUUAAGAUGCCAGAACUUCAGACUCCAGACUGGGAUGUUAAAACUCCCUCAGGAAAAGUGAAAAUGCCUAAAUUUAAUCUGUCAGGUACACUGCCAAAAGGACCCAACAUGGAUGUAAAUGCAGAUCUGAAAUCACCAGAUUUCAAUCUGAAGGCUCCAAAGGUGAAAGGUGGAAUAGACACCCCUGACUUGGACUUACCAAAUAUGGACAUUAAAGCUCCAAAAUUAGAUGUGGACACUCCAGAUGUCAGUAUUGGCUCACCCAAAAUGAAACUAAAAAUGCCCAAAUUGAAAAUGCCUAAAUUUGGUUUCCCAAGCCUAAAAGGACCUGAAAUAGAUGGAAACAUAGGUGGUCCUGACAUGGAUGUGAAUCUACCCAAUAUUAAAGGUCCUAAAGCAGGUUUUGAAAUGCCAGAUUUGGGGCUUUCUGGACCAAAGUUGGAAGGGCCUAACUUGGACCUCAAAUCUCCAGACUUUGAUAUUUCUGGUCCUAAUGUUGGUGGUGGAAUUAAAACACCAAACCUUAAGAUGCCUAACAUUGACAUAAAAAGUCCCAAACUGGAUGUCAAUUCUCCAGAUUUCAAUGUAGACAUGCCUUCAGGUAAACUUAAGAUGCCAGAACUUCAGACUCCAGACUGGGAUGUUAAAGCUCCCUCAGGAAAAGUGAAAAUGCCUAAAUUUAAUCUGUCAGGUACACUGCCAAAAGGACCCAACAUGGAUGUAAAUGCAGAUCUGAAAUCACCAGAUUUCAAUCUGAAGGCUCCAAAGGUGAAAGGUGGAAUAGACACCCCUGACUUGGACUUACCAAAUAUGGACAUUAAAGCUCCAAAAUUAAAUGUGGACACUCCGGAUGCCAGUAUUGGUUCACCCAAAAUGAAACUGAAAAUGCCCAAAUUGAAAAUGCCUAAAUUUAGUUUCCCAAGCCUAAAAGGACCUGAAAUAGAUGGAAACAUAGAUGGUCCUGACAUGGAUGUGAAUCUACCCAAUAUUAAAGGUCCUAAAGCAGGUUUUGAAAUGCCAGAUUUGGGGCUUUCUGGACCAAAGUUGGAAGGGCCUAACUUGGACCUCAAAUCACCAGACUUUGAUAUUUCUGGUCCUAAUGUUGGUGGUGGAAUUAAAACACCAAACCUUAAGAUGCCUAACAUUAACAUAAAAAGUCCCAAACUGGAUGUCAAUUCUCCAGAUUUCAAUGUAGACAUGCCUUCAGGCAAACUUAAGAUGCCAGAGCUUCAGACUCCAGACUGGGAUGUUAAAGCUCCCUCAGGAAAAGUGAAAAUGCCUAAAUUUAAUCUGUCAGGUACACUGCCAAAAGGACCCAACAUGGAUGUAAAUGCAGAUCUGAAAUCACCAGAUUUCAGUCUGAAGGCUCCAAAGGUGAAAGGUGGAAUAGACACCCCUGACUUGGACUUACCAAAUAUGGACAUUAAAGGUCCCAAGUUGGAUGGGAACACCCCAGAUAUCAACAUUGGCUCACCCAAAAUGAAACUAAAAAUGCCCAAAUUGAAAAUGCCUAAAUUUAACUUCCCAGGCCUAAAAGGACCUGAAAUAGAUGGAAACAUAGAUGGUCCUGACAUGGAUGUGAAUCUACCCAAUAUUAAAGGUCCUAAAGCAAGUUUUGAAAUGCCAGAUUUGGGGCUUUCUGGACCAAAGUUGGAAGGGCCUAACUUGGACCUCAAAUCACCAGACUUUGAUAUUUCUGGUCCUAAUGUUGGUGGUGGAAUUAAAACACCAAACCUUAAGAUGCCUAACAUUGACAUAAAAAGUCCCAAACUGGAUGUCAAUUCUCCAGAUUUCAAUGUAGACAUGCCUUCAGGUAAACUUAAGAUGCCAGAACUUCAGACUCCAGACUGGGAUGUUAAAGCUCCCUCAGGAAAAGUGAAAAUGCCUAAAUUUAAUCUGUCAGGUACACUGCCAAAAGGACCCAACAUGGAUGUAACUGCAGAUCUGAAAUCACCAGAUUUCAGUCUGAAGGCUCCAAAGGUGAAAGGUGGAAUAGACACCCCUGACUUGGACUUACCAAAUAUGGACAUUAAAGCUCCUAAGUUGGAUGUGAACACUCCAGAUAUCAACAUUGGCUCACCCAAAACUAAAUUUAAAAUGCCCAAAUUGAAAAUGCCUAAAUUUAGUUUCCCAAGCCUAAAAGGUCCUGAGAUUGACGGAAAACUGGAUGGCCCAGAUGUUGAUAUAAAUGUACCAAAUGUUAAAGUCAAAGGCCCUAACACUGAUUUAGAAAUGCCAGAUGUUGAUAUAGCUGGACCAUCUGGAGAAUUGAAAACACCAAACUUGAAUCUGCCACGUUUUGGGCUGUCAGGACCAAAAUUAGAAGGCCCUAAGUUGGACCUCAAAUCACCAGACUUUGAUAUUUCUGGUCCCAACUUCAGUGGUGGAAUUAAAACACCAGACCUUAAGAUGCCUAACAUUGACAUAAAAAGUCCCAAACUGGAUGUCAAUUCUCCAGAUUUCAAUGUAGACAUGCCUUCAGGCAAACUUAAGAUGCCAGAGCUUCAGACUCCAGACUGGGAUGUUAAAGCUCCCUCAGGAAAAGUGAAAAUGCCUAAAUUGAAUCUGUCAGGUACACUGCCAAAAGGACCCAACAUGGAUGUAAAUGCAGAUCUGAAAUCACCAGAUUUCAAUCUGAAGGCUCCAAAGAUGAAAGGUGGAAUAGACACCCCUGACUUGGACUUACCAAAUAUGGACAUUAAAGCUCCAAAAUUAGACGUUGACACUCCAGAUGUCAACUUCGGGUCACCUAAAGCAAAGUUUAAAAUGCCCAAAUUGAAAAUGCCUAAAUUUAACCUUCCAGGCCUAAAAGGACCUGAAAUUGAUGCUGAUUUUGAUGGCCCAGAUAUUGACAUCAAUGCCCCUAAUGUCAACCUCAAAGGGGCCAAAACUGACUUUGAGAUGCCAGAUGUUGGUUUUGGCAGCCCAUCUGUAAAACUUAAAAAGCCAAAUGUAAAAGUGCCUGACAUUGGGUUUUCUGGUCCAAAGUUAAAAGCCCCAAACUUUGACAUGGAUUCACCAGAUUUUGAUGCCAAAUUCCCAAAAGGACCAAAUUUGCGCAUAAAUUCAGACCUCAAAACUCCAGAUUUGAGUCUUAAAGGUCCUAAGGCAGACAUACCAAACAUGGACCUUAGGGCUCCCAAAUUAGAUGUCAACACUCCAGAUGUUAACAUAGGUUCUCCUGAUGCUAAAUUGAAAAUGCCCAAAAUUAAGAUGCCAAAAGGCCCCAGUGUUGAAGGGCUUGAUGCAAGUAUGCCAAAUGUAGAUAUUGAUGGACCAAAGUUUAAAAUGCCCGAUUUAGGUUUCUCUGGGCCAAAGGUCAAAACACCAGACAUGAAUCUGUCAGGGCCUAAACUGAAAGGCCCAGAUCUAAGUUUGCCAAAUAUAGAUUUGCCUGAUGCAAAUCUCAAAGGCCCAAAGGUAGACUUGAAGGCAAAAUGUCCAGAUCUUGGAAUAAAGGGAGACAUAGGACACCGCAACAUGAACUUAACAGCCCCUCAAGUGGAAGGGGGAAUUAAAGGUCCAGACUUUGAUAUUAAUGCCCCCUCUGGAAAGAUCCAGAAACCUCAGGCUGAUCUGGAUUUGGCAGACAGAAAAUUCAAACUACCAUCUUUCAAACUGCCUCAGUUUGGAGAACCAGAUGUAACUACGGCAGGUUCUGACAUUGACUUUGGUGUAUCUCCGAGAAAUCUGGACAUUUCUCCUCCAAAUGCAAAACUGAAUAUGAAACCUCCAGAAGUAAGUGGGAUUAUCACAGAUCCAAAGGUUAGAUCUCCAAACGUUAACCUCACCAUGCCCAAAGCUACUGUCCAGAAUCCACAGCUGCAUGUAAAAUCUCCAGAUCUUGAUGUUGAUGAUCCUUCACCAUACCUCAAAGCACCAUCUCGUAAGACUCGCAGAUCAGAAAUGCCAGGUGCAAGCGUGAGAAUGCCUGAUUUGAAUGUCGAUGAUAUCCAUAUUCGUCACACUGAUAGAAAACAACCAAAAGCCAGAAUGAGGUCCAGCUAUCCGAUGUUGAAUACUGACAUUGAUUUCACCCGUUCAGAUCUCAACAUCGAUGAUUUCACAGGAAAGGAUCAUGUGCUCAAAGCCAGAGGUUCCAAACUAGACCUCCAUGCUUCACAUAAACAGGAAAUCUCCACAUCAGGUGUUAAUAUUGACGUGAGAGACUCCAAACACACCAAAGCCAUCCCAGCUGGUAGUGCUACUCUGGACUCAAAACACAGAACACCUCGGAGUCCAGAUGGAUACUACGUCACUGUUUUUCCCAACCAAGCAGAGAGUCAAAAACUGCCAAACCGCAAAUCUAACACACUUGGGAGGCUCGACUUUCAUCCAGGAGAUGUGGAUCUUGAAGUUCCAGUUCCAGAUCUUAAAGGGUCAACCUUCUUUUUCUCCAGCCUUAUCUAGGAUUCAAACCAUUUAUGUUUCAAUACCAAGAACUAAUUGUCUCUUAAACUGCCUUUUUAAACUGGUUUAUUUAUUAAUACCUAUUCGAUUGUAUAUUAAGGUAUUGUUGUUGUUGUUUUGUAUUUUUUAUUGAAGUUUUGCAUUGCUAAAGGACUUUUUGUACGUAAAGACAACCCUAUAACCCUGUAAAUAUGCACACCUACAAUACAAUGUAAUAUGCUUUUGCACUUUUUGUAAAUAUAACUGUUUUCACUGCAUGAUAUUGUUUGAAAUAAAGAUAUUAUGAUUUUGUAUAUUACAAUUGAAGCACCACUUGUUUCAUUGUACCCAUUAGCCCCACAUUCAGGUUUUACACACAGGUCAAGGUAGAAAACUGUAGAUUGAAGAUUACUGGACACUACUAC